UUGAAGCGGAAAUGAACUGAGGCUAAGCAUUGGAGAGCAUCAAAAUAUUGAAAUCCUUUCGUUUUCAAAUCGUACAGUAACCGUGCAAUAUAAGAACACAUAUCAGAUAUUCAGUUACACAGACUACCGAUUUCGUUAACGAUUGGGUACUUAAAUUGCGUCGAUCAAGAUGGAGCAGGACACCAGCCCAGAGUCUGUGGCCUCACCUCCUCCAGGUGCCGCCGCUAAGUCAAAGUUGGAUACAUUGUCCAAAGAUGACCUCAUCAAGUUUGCCAAGAAGCAGAUGGCUGCCAUACAGAAGAUGAAGUCCAAAUGUGCAGAUUUGGAAAAGGAGGUCGAUAACCUAAAAUCUCAGCCAAAAGGCAAUUCAGGUGACUCCAUCAUACAGGAGCUGACCGAGAGGAUGAGUGCCUUGCUGCUGGAAAAGGCUGAGACCCAGCAGAGUGCGGUGUUGCUGCGGAAGGAGAAUGAGAAGGUCAAGCAGCGGGAACAGGAUGCAGUAGGGAAACUGGCCACCCUGCUGGGAGAGUUGGACCAGACCAAGGAAGACCACCAGAAGAAAAUUGCAGCCUUGGAGAAGAGCCUAGACUCAUCCCAAGCCAAACACAAAGAAGAAGUCGAAUUCUUCCAGAGGCUUCUGAGGAAGAAAGAAGAGAAUGACAGAGAGAAAGAGAGCGAAAGAGAGCAAGAAAAGCAGAGAGAAAAGGAACACUCAAACGAGAGUGUAGAAGCCAUUAGCCGCAGCCUGGAGUCACAGAUCCUGAGUCUGCAGACGGAGCUAGCUGCAGCCUUGGAGCGAAGCGCCCAGGUGGCUUCAGCGAUGCAAGAAGACCACCAGAGGGCGCUGACAGAGGUUAGUUCAAAGGCCCAGCAGGAAGUAGAGAACCUGAGAGAGGAGUUGGCUCAGCAUAGUGUGCAACAUGAAGAGGAGCUGAGAGCUCUGGAAGAGGACUUUGAGAUGGAGAGAGAGAGACUGCUACUCCUCCAAGAGGAGCUCAGUGAGCAGCUGGCUCUCAAAGACAGCUUCCUGCAGGAUGUGCAGGAAGAAGAGGAGGAGCCUAGCGGCCGCAGCUCAGGGAUAGCCAGGAUGUUGGAGCUGUCUGGUGUAAGUCAGAUUAAUGCCAGUGAUGGAGAGACAGAGAGCGGACAGCUACGAUCCGCCCUGGAGGACCAGCAAUCCCAGAAUACCAUGCUGCAAGACGAGCUGACCUUCCUGGGCAAUGUGAAGACUGAACUGGAGGCGGAGCUUGAGAGGGUGAGGGAGGAGUUUCAGACAGAGAAGGAGGAACUACAGUUUAAAAUCGAAGAGUUGCUGAUGACCCGGGAGGUUGCGACCCCUAACCGUGACCUUCAGGAGGCUCAAGCUUUCACUCAGCUCCAGCAGAGCGGCCCUCAGAGAGAUUCAGUGGACGGCCUACCUGCCAGCCCUGCUAGCCCCUCCAGCCCCAGACAGAGCCUGUCCAGCCCUGUCCCUGGUGCAGCCCACCAGAGCCUGACCCUGCAAGAAAAGCAGGGUCAGGCUCAGGAGCUGAGGUCCCAGUGUGAGUCCCUAGACAGGAGCCAGGCGGUGGCUGAGUACGAACACACCAGAGACAUCCUGAGAGGCCUGGAGACUGAGCUAGGUCAGAGGACCGGGGACUUCACCAGACAGUAUGAAGCUAUGAAGGAACAGGCGGCUUCUGCAGUCCAGGAGCUACAGGAGAGCGUCAGAGGGCUUACUGAGGAGCGAGAUGGUCUGGUGGAGAGGGUGAAAGGGUUGGAUGAAGACAGAGAAAGCCUGUUGGAAAAGGUCCAGGGCCUGGAGAAGAGGCUGGAGAGCUUCCUGGAGCAGACACAGGCAGCCAAGGGGCUGAAGAAGCAGCUGCAGAUGUCUAUGGAGGAGAAGACUGCGUUAGCCCUCAAGCUAAAGGACUCAGUAGAGGCGCAGACAGUGUUCGCCUCUGAGCUAAAGGCAUCUCUUGAGGUGCAGACAGUGUUAGCUGUAGAGCUAAGGGCUUCAGUGGAGGAUCUGAGCAAGCAGAACGGGGAGAUCCUCUCUCAGCUACAGAUGAAGGAGAGUGCUGUUCAGGAGUUAGAGGAGACAGUCAAUGUGGUGAGCACAGCGAGAGACAGAACACUGUCAGCACUGCAGGACAGAGAGAUGGAGGUGAUGAGGCUGUGGGAGGAAAGAGAGAGGGAGGUGGAGGAGAGUCAAGGCCAAAGAGGGGAGGUGGCUGAGCUACAGGCUCGUAUAGAGGAGUUAGAGAAGGAGAGGAGCCUGCUGAAGAGUAAUCUAGAGGAGGUGCAGAGGGAGAGGUCUGAGAAUGUGCAGGGGAGCCCAGGGGAAGAGUUGGAGGAGCUGCAGGCUCGUAUAGAGGAGCUGGAGAAGGAGAGGAGCCUGCUGAAGAGUAAUCUGGGGGAGGUGGUGGGAGAUACUGAAGCUCUACAGAAAGACCUGAGGGAGAUGAAACUGGCCAAUGAGAAGAUGAGAACAGAGAACCAAGAACUACUGACACAGGUCAGCCAGGCUACAGAGACACUGUCAGACAGAGAGAGGGAGGAAAAGGAGGGAAGAGAGACGGAGAGAGAGGAGGAGGAAGAACAGGCGGAGAAGGAGAGGAGAGAGCUACAACAGCAGCUAACAGAGAAGGACACAGUGAUAUCUCAGCUGAGAAGUGAGAUGGCUGGCUUACAGUCUACAGCCCCCUCUCUUGUCUCAGAGGAGAACACAGCCAAUGAGUUCACUGAGAAAAUCGCCCUGCUGGAGAAGGAAAGCAAAGGGAAGGAUGAGAGGAUGAAUAAGAUCAAGGCGGUGGCUGUGAAAGCCAGGAAGGAGCUGGACACCAGCAGGAAAGAGGCUGUGUCUCUGAAGGAGGAAGUGGAGGUGUUGAAGGCUGAGAGAGAGAGAGUGACCAGCUCAAUGAAAGACAUCAUCCAUGGAGCAGAGGGAUACAAGAACUUGCAGCUGGACUACGACAGGCAGACAGAGCAGCUGGAUAAGGAGAGAGAGACGGUGGAGGGAGCUGAGAAACAGAUCUCCGAGCUGACCAAACGACUAAACACCGCAGUACAACAGCAUGAACAGCUGUGGUCGGAGAGAGAGGACCUGAUGACCGAGUUGGAGACUCUGAGGAGCACGGUGAGACAGAUGGAAGGACAGACAGCAGAACUACACAGACAGACAGACACCCUGAACAGAGACCUGCAGGCUGAGAGACUACUGAAGGAACAAAAGACAAAAGAGCUGUCGUCGUUGCAGAAGGAGGUAGAGGAGUUGACAGUUCAGCUCCGCAGACAGAAGCAGCAGUCUCAGCAGACAACACAGGAGCUAGAGCAGCUACGCAAGGAGGCCCAGCAAAGCUCGUUGUUGGACAUGGAGAUGGCAGACUAUGAACGCCUGGUCAAAGAACUCAACACCAAACUGUCAGAGAAGGACGUGUGUGUGGAGGAGCUGAAAACACAGAUACACACACACACACAGGAAGAAGAGGCACUCAACCAGGAGAUCGAGGUUCUGAAGUCCCAGCUGGACCAGGGGGAGGAUAAGAGCUCCAAGAUGAAACAGCUGCUGGUGAAAACCAAGAAAGACCUGGCUGAUGCCAAGAGACAGGAAGCCAUUCAGAUGAUGACGCUGGCCUCUCUGAAGGGAGAGCUGGAGGCACAUCAACAGCAACUAGAGAACAACAAGAUCCAGUGCUGUGACCUGACUGCGGAGCGCCACAGACUGCAUGAGCAGCUGAGGACACUGACUGAACAACAGCAGAGAACAAGCAGCUCCCUGCAACAGAGACUGACCACACUACAGCAGGAGGCUAACACUGCCAAGGCUGAGCUGUCAUCUGUCACUGCUGAGUUUGACAGCUAUAAGGUCAGAGUUCACAACGUCCUCAAACAACAGAAGAACAAAACCUCAGCACAGAGCGAUGGAGACGCCACUAAACAGGAGAGAGAGCAGAUGGAGUCCAUGGUGGACCAGUAUAAAGCCAAGCUGCAGGACAGUCAGCAGAGUCUGGCGGUGAGCACUGCAGAGUUCCAACAGCUCCAGAUGGAACACGACACACUGCUGGAACGACACAACAAGAUACUGCAGGAGACCGUCGCUAAAGAGGCCGAACUCAGAGAGAGACUCAUGUCUCUCCAGGCUGAGAUUAUGUCACUGCGGACAGAGCAUGCUCAGACGGUGGGUCAGCUAACCUCGCAGGCCGUGGCCCAGCGCUCAGGGUUCAGGGAGCAGAUCCGCCACCUUCAGGAUGAACACAGAACUACAGUAGAGACCCUGCAGAACCAGAUGACCAGGCUGGAGAACCAACUGUUUACACUGCAGAAACAGACCAGUCCAGCUCCAGUCCAGACCAGUCGUAAGUCAGCGGUGGACCGCCGGCCCGUGGACCAGGGGGGAAUGGGGGGGCUGGGCCUCGGUGAUCUCCAGUCCAUGGCUAGAGAGGAGGGGGAGGGCAUGGAGACCUCCGAGACAGAGUCCCUGUCAUCCACAUACCUACCCUCACUGGAGCAACUACUCACCUCCCCAGACCCCAAACAGGAGCCGUUUGUGUGGCAGGUGGAGCCGACUAAAGAGGAGUUGAAUCAGAAGUUGACCACAGCUACACGCAGUAUGGAACACAUGAACAGUCUACUGCAUGAGACCGAGGCUACCAAUGCUGUUCUGAUGGAACAGGUCAAUCUGUUGAAGUCUGAAGUGCGUCGUCUGGAACGUAACCAUGAGAGAGAGAAGAGUGUGGCCAACCUGGAGUAUCUGAAGAAUGUCCUUUUACAGUUCAUCUUCCUGCAGUCAGGCAGCGAGAGACAGGCUCUACUCCCCGUCAUACACACCAUGUUACAACUCAGCCCUGAGGAGAAGAAUAAACUGGCUGCUAUCGCAAUGGGUGAGGAGGAGGUGGGAGGAGCUAGAGGCUCAGGAUGGACCUCCUACCUACACAGUUGGUCAGGCAUCAGAUGAACACACACACAUCAACCAAUGUCCUCUUUCUAUCUGCCUUCACUUUCAUCUGGUCCAUAUGUCUGAUCAACUGAGUAAUUAAAAAGUCUUAAUAUAUUGAUGAUCAUCCAUCUACUUGAAAAAAAGCCAGUAGUCAGCAAUGUAAGCCAGUACUCUUUUUUUUAGCUGAUGGUACGUUACUGAACCAUUUAUGGUGGGUUAAUUCACCAAUACCUCAGUCAUUACUGGGAUUAUUUUUAUACCAUAGAUUUUGUUGCUUGUAACAAUCAAUUCCAAGCAACACUUAAGUUUUACAACAAUUCAUGAAGUGAACUAUGACUGUUACAGAUUUGACCAUCUGUUUUCAUUGCUCACUCAUUAUAGGUCUGAUACAGGGCAGCAGGUAGCCUAGCAGUUAAAAGGCACUGUAUGGUCAAUCUGACAUCUACAUUUGCCCUGCAGCAUUUAUGGUGAUAUGGCCUCUGCAGAAGUCAGGUAUUCAUACUUCUUGCGCUUCGCAGAGCUGUUGUGAAGGAAGUUGUCAAUUAAGUGAGUUUGUGUUUAUACAGGACCUCCCGCCCCCACCUACCGUCAACCAAUCAUGUCAAUGCGGAGCUAUACGGAGCCCUCCACAUUGUUAAUACAUUUGGGAGGCGCACGGAAAUGUGGUACGGAGCUCAGUUUGGCCUUUUCAUGCCUCCGGAGGUUCCGCAAUUGCGUCACAUCCUACAUAGGGAGCCUUUGGAUCAAGCAUAAAUUUGCUUUAAGAGUGUUGUGCCAGUAACCAAAAGGUUGGUGGUUCGAAUCCCCGAGCCGACUAGGUGAAAAAUCUAUUGAUGAGCCCUUGAGCAAGGCACUUAAUUCGAAUUGCUCCUGUAAGUCGCUCUGGAUAUGAGUGUCUGCUAAAUGAUAAAUACAUAUGUGAUGAAUUGACAAUAUUCACAUGUUCAAAUUCACACCUAUUUCAUUUAUUUUGAUGUAUCACUAUUACAUACCAAAGGAUUCUCUGGUAAUAUGUAGGUACAUAAUCUGUAAUUGGGAACAACUUAAAUAUAUGUAAAUAUACACUGAGUGUACAAAACAUUAAGAACACCUUCCUAAUAUUGAGUUGCACCAUUGUUUACCCUUAGAACAGCCUCAAUUCGUAGUGGCAUGGACU